AUGAGUGAGGUGACCUGCGCCGUCUGCCUGGAGGAAAUCCUUCCCUCCGAGCGGCGCUCGCAAGCGGGUCCGGAAACCGGAUGUGUCCAUACUUUCCACUGGGAAUGUAUCCGGACAUGGUUUCGGGUGAAAGCUUCCUGCCCAAUUUGCAACACAUCUCUCCUGGAAGAGGGGAUCUUCGAAGUGAACCCUGAUUCGGGCGAACAAACCUACCACCGCAUUCGGCCUGAAGGUGUUCGAGGCUCACUGCAUGCAGCUUCCGCGGCUGGCAAUGCUGCCGAUGUACAACGCCUCAUCGCAAGCGGUGCGAAUGUGAACCGGACCACGCUUGGUGGAGUGGCACCCCUGCACAUGGCAGCACACAGUGGUCAUGCAGAGGUCAUCGCGAGACUACUGGCAAGUGCUGCUGACGUGAAUCAGCUGGCACCGGGAGGGACGACAGCCUUGUACAUAGCCGCCCAAGGCCAACAUGCUGAUGCCGUUGCUCGCCUUCUAGCGGGCGGAGCUGCCGUAAACCUACCGGUGGAUGGAGGUGGUACUGCCUUGCACGUCGCGGCACAGAACGGCCACACAGAAGCCGUAGCCUGGCUUCUUGCAGGCAGUGCAGAAGUUGACGCGGUGAUGGAAGGUGGCAUCACCCCUCUGUUCAUGGCUGCACAAAGCGGUCACAUCGAGGUGAUCGUUCGCUUGCUGGCUCAGGGUGCUUCCGUGAAUGUGACAGCUGAGAAUGGUGCGACAUCGCUGCAUUACGCAUCUCUACAUGGCCAUUCCGAGUCUGUGGCGCGUCUGCUCGUUGCACGCUCCGAUGUCAACGAAACCACGCGCAGUGGUGGGACCGCCCUCCAUGUUGCCGCGCAGAGUGGGCACACAGAAGCAGUGGCUUGGUUGCUGGCCGGCCGUGCAGAUGUGCACAAGGAGAUGGUGGGUGGAUCCACAGCGCUCUACCUCGCCUCGCUUGGAGGUCAUUCGGAGGUUAUUGCCUGGCUCCUCGCCAAGCAGGCCCAAGCGGACGUACCACCGGCCAGCUCCUCUCCGCUCUAUGCUGCGGUUCGCAGCGGCCAUGAGGAAGCCGUGAGUCGGCUGCUAUCAGGCAAUGCCAAUCCCAACCACUCCGUGUCUAUUCGGGGUCCGUCGCCGAUGCGGGCCGCUGUGCUCAAUGGCCACACUGAGGUGAUGGGGCGAUUGAUCUCCGGCGGGGCAACAGUGAAUCCGGACGAUGUUUGGGCCGCUGUUUUGCUUGGAAAUCUCCGUGGAGCCCGGCGCCUGGCGAAGGCUACGGGUUAUUCCUGGGCUUUGCUCCGGCGUGGAUGCUGGCUGCUGGCAGGCUUGCUCGGCACGUGUGCUGCAACAUACGCCCUCUCCGGGGCACUUCUUCAGCGAGCCGUGGCAGAACUUCUCCUUUUGGAGGGUCUGCCGCAGCACAUUGCAGAGUAG